CUCCAACCUAGCAACACAGUCUAAUAAGUUGCGCUUGAUUCCUCUCCAAAAGCCAAUCCAUGGAUUUUCCCCAUUAUUAUUCUCAACUCCGGCAAUCACCCAUGACCCUCCUCCUCUCCGCCAUCCCGUUCCUCCUCUUCCUCGGCCUAGUCGCUCGGCUCCGGCGCAAGCCUCCCUACCCGCCGGGCCCGAGGGGCCUCCCGGUCAUCGGGAACAUGCUCAUGAUGGGCGAGCUGACCCACCGUGGGCUGGCGAAGCUCGCAGAGAGGUAUGGCGGGAUCUUCCAUCUCCGCAUGGGCUUCCUCCACAUGGUUGCCGUGUCGUCCCCCGACGUGGCCCGCCAGGUCCUCCAGGUCCAGGACGGGGUCUUCUCGAACCGGCCUGCCACGAUCGCGAUCAGCUACCUGACCUACGACAGGGCCGACAUGGCGUUCGCACACUAUGGCCCGUUUUGGCGGCAGAUGCGGAAGCUGUGCGUGAUGAAGCUCUUCAGCCGGAAGAGGGCCGAGUCGUGGGAGUCGGUCCGCGAUGAGGUCGAUAAGAUGGUGCACACCGUGGCGGGCAGCACGGGUUCCCCCGUGAACGUGGGCGAGCUCGUGUUCGAGCUCACGCGUGACAUCAUCUACCGCGCGGCCUUCGGCACGAGCUCGAUCGAGGGCCAAGACGAGUUCAUUAGCAUCUUGCAAGAGUUCUCGAAACUGUUCGGCGCCUUCAACAUAGCCGACUUCAUCCCGUGCCUAAGUUGGGUCGAUCCUCAGGGGAUCACCGCCAGGCUCGUCAAGGCACGGCAGUCGCUGGACAGGUUCAUUGACCACAUUAUAGACGAUCACAUGGACAAGAAGAGGAACAAGACUAGGGUUAACGGAGGCGACCAAGAUGCGGAUACGGACAUGGUGGAUGAACUGUUGGCCUUUUACAGCGAGGAAGCCAAGGUGAACGAGUCCGAUGAUCUGCAGAACUCGAUCAGGCUAACGAGGGACAACAUCAAGGCCAUCAUCAUGGACGUGAUGUUUGGUGGGACGGAGACGGUGGCGUCGGCGAUCGAGUGGGCCAUGGCGGAGCUCAUGCGGAGCCCCGACGACCUGAAGAAGCUCCAACAAGAACUCGCCGACGUGGUGGGCUUAGACCGGAGGGUCGAGGAGAGCGACUUCGAGAAGUUGACCUAUCUCAAGUGCGCGCUCAGGGAGACCCUCCGCCUCCACCCGCCGAUCCCGCUGCUCCUCCACGAGACGUCGGAGGACGCGGUGGUGGCCGGCUACCGCAUCCCCGCGCGGUCCCGCGUCAUGAUCAACGCGUGGGCGAUCGGGCGGGACCCCAGCUCGUGGCCCGAGCCCAAGAGGUUCAGGCCAUCCCGGUUCCUGGAGCCGGGCGUGCCGGACUACAAGGGGAGCAACUUCGAGUUCAUCCCGUUCGGGUCGGGGCGGAGGUCGUGCCCGGGGAUGCAGCUCGGGCUCUACGCGCUCGAGAUGGCAGUGGCCCACCUCCUGCACUGCUUCACGUGGGAGCUGCCAGACGGGAUGAAGCCGAGCGAGAUGGACAUGGGCGACGUCUUUGGGCUCACGGCGCCGAGAUCGACCCGGCUCGUGGCGGUGCCGACUCCAAGGUUGGUGGGUGCUCUAUAUUGAGCAAACAAAGGGAGAAAGCGGGAGGUGGCAAAAGCGAUUUGCAUGGAUUUUUCAAUUUUUGCUUUGUAUUAUAAAAAAGUGAAAUAACUCAAGAGGACCGGGGGAAAAAAAAAAGAUUUGAGACGGAACUUGAAUGAAUAUUUGUUCUGAUCUCUUUUGUCUUUCUUAUGUGGAUAUCACAAGACUAUCUCAUUUUGUGGUGUUCUUUUGUAAUUUCCUUGAUCGUCAUGCACAAAUAAGUGUUGAAUUACCAAGCCUUUACAUCAUUAAGGGACAAU